ACCAGAGCCUUUACAUGAAAGUCACUGUGUUUUUCAUAAACACUAACUAGAAACAACUUUAAACAUUAAGGGUGAACGACAGAUGGAUGCCAGGAUGACAGAUUGGCCAGGUCUGUGUUCUCAUAACAGUGUUAUGAUGUUUGAAGUGUGCCUCUAAAGUAUUUUUACAUGGCUCCCCUGCACUGGGACGGCAUAGCUCAAGUUGUUUCUGCCCUAAAUAUAGCGCUGGCUUUUUCCUACAAUGUCACAUGUAAUCUGAUUCCAUAUGUUAAGUCACAGCUUGUCAGUUGCUGGCUGACCAGCUGGGUUCCUCUUACUCUGACACACAUUGCCUGAUGGAGUCUGUGGGAGCUCUGGGCAGCCCCACUGGGGCCAACUCCAAUCUGCUGGACUUACCAUCACCCUGCCUCUGGGACGAGGAUGACGAGGCUCUGGGUCGUGAAGGAAUCAGGCCUAAAUCUUCUCCCGUACCGAGGCGACGAAGUUCAGCGUCCUCCGACGACUCCCAGCCUCCCCCUUCCAGCAGCCGGAGAGUGUCCUUUGCCGACACCUUUGGUUUGAAUCUCGUCUCUGUGAAACAAUUUGACGCCUGGGCUGUAACUGUACUGCCGGACCCUCUGGAGUGCCACUUGAAUGAAGCGAAGGAGUACUUCAUGGUUCCUCUCUUCGUUCUCCCACAGACCGGACUGGAGCUUGAAAUGCUGGUUCUUGAGAAAAAGAUAGAACUGGAGAAUCUGGAGCUGCUUCCCGGGACCACGACCCUUCGAGGAGUCAUCCGUGUGUUGAACCUGUGUUUCGAUAAGAUGGUCUAUGUACGUAUUUCUUUGGAUUUGUGGAGAAGUCAUUUCGAUCUGUUGGCUGAAUAUGUUCCCGGAUCGCACGAUGGGGAGAUGGAUUGUUUCUCUUUCAAGCUCACGCUGGUACCUCCAUUUGGAGAGGAGGGUGCGAGGGUUGACUUCUGUUUAAGAUACGAAACGUCUUUGGGCACCUUUUGGGCCAACAAUAAUGGAAACAACUUUGCUAUGUAUUGUCGUGAAAAGACAAAGGAGAAACCUCAAAAUGAGAGUGAAAACAGAAGAAAAAGCUGUCUGAGAGGAUCAAGCUCAAAUGUCUCUGCUUUGACAACAAAUAAUAUGGAAUUUCCAGAUAUAAAUCUAAAUUCUGGACAGGCCACUGGCCCUGAACCCCAAAAUACUAAUGCUGAGGAGCUUCAAAAGGAAAGCAAAGAAUUAUUGGAGGAAAUUAGCAGAAACCGUAGUCAAAGGAACAGACGAAAGGCAGCGCGGUUAGCAAAAGUCAAGGAGCACUUUGCUCGGAGAGAAGAGGAGAAGAAACAUUGGACCAAGACAACAGAAAGUGAGGUCACAGCUGAAACCAGAGUGCAGGAACAUGCAUCAGUACCGGCGAAGGGAUCAUGCAGCCUUUCACAACAAACACCUCCUGGACUACCAACAUGCAACCAAAUAUCACCCGCACCAGAUGAGUGCCUCGAAGAAGAUUCCACACGUACUGUCACAUUCAAGCAGCAAGAUCUAGAGCAACAUGUGCAAGAUGCCGUGAUCCACUCUGAGACAAAUCCAUCCACAGCACAGACAGAUUCAUACCUGGAUGAAACAGAUGACCUCAGUGACCAACUAGUUUCAUUCAAUCCGCCUGUACUGGGACAUCAACAUGACUUGUCUACUGGCAAAGAUGUUGAGAAAGCAUGGGAGGACUUUGAGCAGGAUGCUAAACAACGAAUUAGGUGUAAAAUGGAUAAAGAGGAGAAUACUAGUAAAGAGAAACCAGCACAUAGAGAAAACGUGAGUUUAAAUACUAACCACUCAGUGCCACAGUUAUUUUCCCAGAACUAUGCGUUUGGGACCAUUAUCGCUCCGCUUUAUCAUCAGGUUUUUAAAAAUAUCCAAUCUGAGAGGACAUUUAAGGAAUUGAAUGACGGGAGUCCAAGAGCAAUCACGCCCCCUGAGAGCGAUCAACCACCCAUGAGACAAAACACAGAAAUUGGGCUAGAGUCAUGUGUAUCUACAAAACAGACACAACAUGAUGGUGAAUCAACAGAACAGAACCCAGCAAACACAAAGAAGGAAACUAAAAAAUCUCUUUCUGAUCCAUAUAGAAAUAAAGAUGUUCAGGGGGCAGUAUCUUCUCAUAGUUGUAUCAAAGAGCACUCAACAGACCCUACAAAUAACCAAAGCCAAACUAAAGUUGAGACUAUAUCUUUACAAACUAAUGUAAUUGGGAACAACCUGCCUCUGAAUAUAAGCAACCAGUUUCCCAAAGAAAGCCAAAAUCCUAGGAAUACUAGUUUUAUGGUGCCACAAAAUGCUUUUAAUUCUUUCCCAACUCAAACCCAACAACAAAUUACAUCCAUUUUGAACCCAAACCAAGUAGAAUUACCCAAAAGUGUCAUUUCAGAAAGAUCUACUGAGAUUUCAAAUCUCUCCGCCAUGCCUUUAGUGCAAACUGAGAAUACUUACAAUCUUCCCCAAUCUUCAGAAGGCCCCAAAAUGUUUCAGACCUCAAGCAAUAGCUUCGAUUCAUCUGAUGAUCAGUCAGGUUCUGAUUGCUCUGAGAUGAGAUUGAACAAUGAAAUAUUUAAUCUUCCAGAAUCAGAGUGUUCUAAAGCUGUGGAGAGCUACCAAAUAAAUGAGAGUAACGAACAAAUGACUGUGGCUUUUUCUUCACAGCCUCAGACCUUCAACAUUACUGAUGACACAAAUGAUUUUUAUGGAGAAUAUGACAAUACAACAAUGAUUGAAGAGAUUGAAAAUAUACAAAAUGGGAAAUUAGUUAAAAAGUAUGAAAAAGAAUGUCAUAUUUUAGAGGACCUGGUUGAGGAAGAAAAGGGAAAUCAAGCAAUUCAGAUAGAGAAUCAGGAAGUAAACCAAGAACAGAAAGAAGAACAAGAAAGUGCAAAAGAAGAAGAAAUAGGAGGAGGAAUAUGGAACAUUGUGGAUGAGUUAAAAUACAUAGAUGAUGAAGAGGACAUUAAUAUGGGCACUGUGGAAAUGGAGAACAAACAGAAUCAGCAAUCAGAUUUUAAUCAACAAUCAUAUGCAGUUGUUCAACCAUCAAAUUCAGUAAAUCAGCAAUCAUACAGAGUAAAUGAAGAAUCAGACUCCGUUAAUCAGCAGUCAGAUUCCGUGAAUGAACAAUCAAAUUCAGAGAAUCAACAGUCAGAUUCAGUAAAUCAACAAUCAGAUUCAGAGAAUCAGCAAUCAGAUUUAGUGAAUCAGAAAUCAUAUGCAGUGACUCAAGCCUCAGAUUCAGUGAAUCAGCAAUCAGAUUCUGUAAAUCAACAAUCAGAGUCAGUGAAUGAACAAUCACAUUCAGAGAAUCAGCAGUCAGAUUUAGAGAAUCAGCAAUCAGAUUCUGUAAAUCAACAAUCAGAUUCAGUGAAUGAACAAUCACAUUCAGAGAAUCAGCAGUCAGAUUUAGAGAAUCAGCAGUCAGAUUCAGUAAAUAAACAAUCAGAUUUAGUAAAUCAACAAUCAGAUUCAGUGAAUCAGCAGUCAGAUCCAGAGAAUCAGCAGUCAGAUCCAGAGAAUCAGCAGUCAGAUCCAAAGAAUCAGCAGUCAGAUCCAGACAAUCAGCAGUUAGAUUCUGAGAAUCCGCAGUUAGAUUCUGAGAAUCAGCAAUCAGAUUUAGUAAAUCAGCAGUCAGAUUCAGUAAAUCGACAAUCAGAUUCAGUAAAUCAACCAUCAGAUUCAGUGAAUCAGCAGUCAGAUUCAGUGAAUCAGCAGUCAGAUUUAGAGAAUCAGCAGUCAGAUUUAGAGAAUCAGCAGUCAGAAUCAAUGAAUGAACGAUCAGAUUUAGAGAAUCAGCAGGAAGAUUCAGUAAAUCAACAUUCAGACUCAGAGAAUCAGCAGUCAGAUCCAGAGAAUCAGCAGUCAGAUCCAGAGAAUCAGAAGUCAGAUUUAGAGAAUCAGCAGGCAGAUUUAGUAAAUCAGCAGGCAAAUUCAGUAAAUCGACAAUCAGAUUCAGUAAAUCGACAAUCAGAUUUAGAGAAUCAGCAGUCGGAUCCAGAGAAUCAGCAGUCAGAUCCAGAGAGUCAGCAGUCGGAUCCAGAGAAUCAGCAGUCAGAUUCAGUGAAUCAGCAGGCAUAUUCAGUUCAUCUGCAAACUAUAGAACAGCAACCAAAGCUGUUUAUUAUUAAAAGUAAUUCUGAAUCAUUAAAUCACAGUUCAAUUGAGUUAGACAUUGCAGAAGAGCACCAGUCCACAGAACAAAGCCGUAGUGGAGAUGAGGACUCCAGCGGUGAGGAGGCAGCAGAUAAGGAAACUGAUACAUUCUGGAAUGAAUCAACAAAAAGUGGUGGCGAUGCACUCAGUGCAAGUAUCCACGGUAUGAGGAAUGAUUGGGACCAUCUAGAAUUCAUUGACAAAGAAUUGACUGUGUGCUGUGAAAGUGAAAAACUACAGAACAAGUGUAAACCCAAUGAUGAGAAUAUGCAGGAAAACAUGGAAUGCCAGUCAAAAGACUCUACAGAUGCUGAGAAGGAUGUUGAGGACAACACCUCCACAGAAUCCCUGGUCGACGAUGAGAUGGAGCUGUACCUCACCUGCCUGAGGAAUUCACAACAGUCAGUAUUCAGAGACGGUUUGGCGAAUGUAAACUAUGGCAAAAGACCCUCGGUUAGCAGAGGGAGAUCUAUGUCAUUAACCAUGCCUUCAAUAUCCGAGUCAGUGGAUGAGGACCAGCCAAACAGUUCCCUGGAGAAAGCAUCAAAUACUGAGGACAUCACCGAGCUGGAAAGAGCUAUACAGAGUCUUGUGGAGGGAAAUGAACAUGUCAUUGGGUGUAAUGUUUUGUGGUGGAAAGAAUUUCUCUCUUACGAUAACAUGUCAAGAGUCGUUGGGUACAGUUUUCUGCUGAUACUGUUUUUCGUGGUAGCAUAUUAUUACGACUUUGCAGCAUGUUUUGCCUUAUAUCUGCUUACGGUGUAUUGGCUGUUCAAACAACCAGAGCAAGAACCAGUGAAAGGCUCUCGGAGAGGUGAAAGACAACUGUAGUAGUUUGUUUUCAUUUUGAGAUAAUUGACCCAUCUGCCUAGCAGAAAGUAUGGAAACGCAUCUGUACAUUAUGUUGUAUACAGUGAUGGAUUACAGGCUUUUUAUCUCACUAUUUAUAUUUAUAGCAAAGAAUAUUGGCCUUGUGAUAUGUAUGAACACAAUGUGGAGUUGCUAUAAUAGGAGCACUCUAUAUAUUUGUUGCAAUUAUUUUACACUUUUUCCCGUAGAGGGCCAUACGCGUUUAUAAUAAAGACACUUUAUAUUAGUUAUUACUAUUAUAAAAUGGUAUUAUAUUAUCUUAAUAAAAAAAUCUAUGCUUGUUUUAAUUCACUAAGUAGUAUGGUCUCCUUACAAACAAUUAAACCAUAUCAUGCUUAGUUAAUAAAAGUAACAAAAUGUUGAAAUUUGUAAUAAUUAAAAAGGAUAUAUGAGCUAGUCUCUGUUUGAUGUCUGUAGGUUUGUUCUGUCCAAUAAACAGAGUAUUUUCUUUUUGUAAUUCAAUAUUAUGCACCUGUUAUUAUUUCAAGUCCUCUUUAUCUCAUCUAUUCUUGUUGGACAUCAUUCACAGAACUUGCUUUCUAUGAACAUAGAGAU